AUGGCACCGCGGUACAAAGCUGCCCGGAUCUUCAUUGCGGCCUGCGCCACGCAGGCCAGCGUGGAACGCCAGCUUGCUGUGCCUCGACGCAGCAGAGACAGGAGCAGUCCUCACAACUUGGAAGGGACGAUUGCCGAUGUUAGCACCAUGCUCAAGCUGUUUGAGGCUUGGGACAAGGCCGAUGGAAAGACGCAGGUGCAGUACAUGCACAUCUACCAGAUUCCUGGCGAAUAUCUGCCAAAGCAACAGGUGAUGGCCACAAUCGAAAAGGCCAUGGACACGGCGGAGGACGAGGUCCUCCUGUGGUAUUCAGGCCACGGCCAGUCCAUAACCGGCAACUGGACCUUUCAGGAGGAGGGCGAGGAGAGGUGCAACUAUGUCACCUUCGACGAAAUUGCGAAGCUUUGGGGCUCCCGCCGCCGCACUGCGACUCUCCAUAUUUUCAUGGACUCUUGCUAUGCCGGUGCUUGGGCCCAGGAAGCCUGCCGCCUCGGCCCUGCCGCGAACAUCGCUGUUUUCGCAGCUUGCCAGGCAGAUGAGACAGCUGGAGAGGUCCGGUCAGGUGGCGCUUUCACGCUGAAGAUUCGAGAUGUCGUAUCAAGCGGCCAUAAGUCUUCCUCAGAUCUCCUCGAGAAGAUCUACUUGACGCCCAUAGAGGCAGACCAGCAUCCCUGCGCCUACUUCUCUGCUUGGGACGAGCGGCGCGUGGUGGGUGCAAGAUGA